AUGUCGAGGCCCAUUCAAAUUACCACGCCCCUGCGAGAGUUUAAAAGCCAUGAAGAAGCCGUAAGGGCAGUCGCAGUUUUCCCCGAUCAACGACGGAUGGUUACAGCCUCGGAGGACAUGACACUUCAUCUAUGGGACUUGAAGACAGGUGUUGUGUUGAAGAAGAGGUGGCAUCACAAUGGGGUGGGGAGAUUGGCGGUAUCACGAGAUGGGCAAUUGAUAGCAAGCGGUGAUGAGGGAGGAGAGGUCAUGGUCUGGCACGGAGAAACUAGCGAAUUGCUCACUCAACCCAUCAACGCUCACUCCGAAUCUAUCUUCUCACUGGAUUUUAUUCCGGAUGGCACAGUGCUGGCCACUGGUUCAUGGGACGGAAUGACGAAGCUGUGGGACACCGAAACCUGGCAGCAGCAAGGAGAUCCAAUUAGGUGCGAUAACGCUGUCAACUGCAUACGAUAUUCACCGUCUGGUCAACUUCUUGCCAUUGCAACCAGAAACAAUGUCGAGAUUUAUAAUCCUAGCUCGAGAGAAUGUGUCGCAUCCUUCAAGGCUCAUACAUCAUGGAACUCAUCACUCGCGUGGACGCCAGAUGGCACACGCCUUCUCACAAGCGGCGGCAAUGCUGAUCCUACCGUACGUGAGUGGGAUGCAUUGUCCUGGCAGCAGGUCGGUAUUCCUUGGACCGGUCACACUAGCUAUAUCCAUGCCAUUGCUGUUAAUCCUGCUGGCACACUUGUCGCAUCCGCAUCCGAUGACAAUUAUGUCCGUCUUUGGCGGCUCUCAGAUCGACGAACGAUUGCUACCUUCAACCAUAAAUCCCCGGCAGCAUGCGUCACUUUCUCCAUAGAUGGCAAGCAUAUCCUCAGCGGAGGUUGUGACAACAUGAUCUCAGAGUGGAUCCUAACCAUCAUGACAGCUCGCAUUGCAUGCUUAGAUGGGGAUUUGUCUACCGCCGAAAAACUUCUCACGCAAGAUAUCAACACCGAUGCUUACAACCACACUUCCUACGCCCAUCGCUCAUUCGUUUUGUCCCGACAACACGACUGUGACCACGCCCUUCAGGAUGCAAUCAGGUCCAUCAGCAUCCAGCCCUCGUUGAUAGGUUAUAUCUCCAAGGGCAUCGCCCUCUGCGGAACAGGUCACAUCCAGGGUGCGAGAGCAGCAUUUGAUAUUGCAUCCACGUACACGCACCAAGAUUCAGAAACCAUUCAUUUCCUGCUCUUGAUCAAGGCCAUCGCCCUCUUCAGUGCGGAUCAACAUGAGGAAGCAAACCUGCUCCUCAAAGAACUCACUACCGGUUGUCCGAAUACCGAUACUCGCGCAUGUCUUGUAGUGCAAGCAUAUCUACGCGUUCAACUCGGAACCAAAGCCUUGAAUGACACACGUUACAAUGAAGCCGCCGACCAUUUCACUGCCGCUAUCAACUUCGAUGCUUUCUCAUCAAAAUCAGACAUUCAUGAAAUAUACGAGGACUUGGUCGUGCUCUUCGGCUGGAAUCUCAAAUCCUUGUGGCUCACUGCACACCAGAAAUGUUGUCAUGCACUCCUCCGGGCAGGUAAACUUCAAGAUGCUGUGAAAUCAUACCAACACAUGAUGUUUUCGAGUGACAAAUAUACAAAGGCUGACUGCCUUGACUGGUCCAACGGCAAGUCUGGUGUCCUAAUGUCGCGCAGGCUACAUUUCUCACCCGCACUUCACUCAGCUUUCACGGAAGAAUGUGGCACGUUGUGUUCUACCAACGGAGAUGCCGCCCUCGCUGCGAGCAAGUACGACAAGGCUAUUGACCUAUAUUCGGCAGCGAUCGACCUAGAUUCUGCAUCCGAUGUCAUCUUUGCAAAGCGUAGCAAAGCAAAGUUAAGUAGAAUGCUAUGGGAGGAUGCGCUUCUCGACGCGCUAAAGGUCAUAGAACUCAAUUCUUCGUCUCCUAUUGGAUACCAGUUGACACAUGCAGCGCUGCAUGGCGCACAACGUUAUGACGAAGCCAUCGAAGCUUUCAAAAUCAUGUUGUCCAAGUUGGACAAUUCUUCCGAAGCAGAGAUACGAGAUCUGCGUCAGCAGUAUGUCUGUCCGUCUGAGGUAGAAGAAGCCAUUCAAAGAGCUAUUUGGAUUGAACUCGAAUACACCCCACUACGUCUACUUAAUACCUCCACGGGUCUUUUGUGCGAUCGAGCGGCACAAAUAAAUGCCUUCAAAACGAGUCCAGAGUACAAGGGAUUCCUUUCAUCCACAACGAAGCAUUCAGACCUCAGAACGGAAUGCAUCAAAGACGUAGUCGCGACGUACUUCCGCUGCAUCCUGCUAUCACACAGGUGGGACGAGACGGAAGCGCUGCUGCACGACAUCCAGGAUAAAGAUGUUCGCGAGUUGAAUGGACUUGGCGGCAUCGUGAAGUUGCAGUCUUUUUGCAAAGUCGCUCGUGAUGCUGGGUAUUACUGGGCAUGGAUGGACACGUGCUGCAUCGACAAGAAGAGCAAUACCGAGCUCCAAGAAUCGAUCAACUCCAUGUUCAUUUGGUACCACCACUCAGCGCUCACCAUCGUGUACCUUUCGGACGUCCCGCCUUCAUCCAAGUCUGGCGCUCUGGCGAAGAGUGAGUGGAAUAGACGAGGAUGGACCUUUCAAGAAUUCCUCGCUUCCAAAGUCAUUCUCUUCUAUCAGAAGGAUUGGUCUUUAUAUCUCAACGAUCGCUCCUCAAACCACAAAGAGUCUCCUGCAAUCAUGAAGGAGUUGACGGAUGCGACGGGCAUAGAUGCACGGGCCCUGACCUACUUCUGUCCAGGGAUGAGCGACGCCCGACAGAGACUUCAAUGGGCGUCAAUGCGUGUUACAACGCGUCAGGAAGACAUCGCCUACUCAUUGUUCGGCAUCUUCAAAGUUCGUCUGCCUGUAGAUUAUGGUGAAAAUAAGGAAUUCGCGCUCGGGCGUCUCCUGCAGGACAUUGUGGCACAGUCAGGCGACAUUACUGCCCUCAAUUGGGUCGGACAAUCAUCCGAAUUCAAUAGCUGUCUUCCAGCCGAUAUUAGCUCUUAUAACACUCCUCCACACACCCUUCCAUCAUUAUCCGAAGAUCAGAUUCAGACAGCUAUCUCUUCGCUGCGAAAAAAUCCCGUGGUUGAAGGUUUAGCCUCGACACUUUACGACCGGCUCGAUGACACGAGUGCUGCUCGUUUCGCUAACCGCAGGCUGCAUUUGCCAUGUAUUACCUUCCGUGUCACAGACAUCAGUCUGAGCUACGGUCUAUCCCAGGAGACUCGAUAUGAAGUCAAGGCAGAUGGACUUCAUGACCUGCUGAUCACCACCCAAGAGCCUAUUGUUCAGUUCUCGCGUACAAGGCCCACUCAGCAAACCUUCGUGCUUGUCCGUCCCUGGGAUCGGUAUCAUCUCCUUGAGCUACCUGACGUUGCAAACGUGCCCGAAGUUGGAGAUGAUACGGAGAGUGAGGAAGAUUAUUGGACGCCGCCUUCUUCUCCGUCAGACGAAUCACCUAGCCGUUCUCUGGAGAUGGUUGAUUUGGCAUCACCAGAAUUGCGGUUGCUUGUUCGCCUUGGGCGGCCUUUUAGCGCAUUUUUGCUCGCGCGGCAGCGCGGCAGAGAAUACAAGAGGGUCGCGUCGGAUCGUGACAUCAUUGCACAGGUCAAAGAUGUGGCUUCUGUUCGAGACUUAAUGGACAUCAGGACGAUAGAAAUACUGUAGAUACAUAAUAUUUUCCCAAAAAGAUCAGGGAUCUGAACGAUUUUAUUAGCACCUCGAAUAUAUACUAACAAGCAUGCUGUAUUACUAGACUACCUCCCUCUCUCUCUUUCAAUGUAGACCAUGGAACUUAUCUGCACCACCUCUCCCUUCGAUACCCCUAGACAGAUACCCUAAAAACUUUAAACUUCAACUUCCCGUACUAUCCUUGAAUGGAGAAAUUUGAACUUGAA